AUACAGGUAAAGCUCUACACGUUGGAUUUCCUUCUGCAAAUCAUCAUUUUUCAGGCUUUCAACUGGACAUGGACCUACACUCAGGACGCCGAUAUCUGGGUCCCCUAUUUCUUUCUGGAACGUUCCAAGCAGUUGCCAUGUCUUAACGUCAUCCGCGAAGUUGUACAAAGGAAGGACACGCCUGUAGCUUGGUUUGUUACUAACUGCCAGUUGGACCAAACUCAACGACUAGCCUACGUCAACAGACUACAGAAAAUUCUGACAGUGCAUGUGUAUGGUCGAUGUGGGACCAUGCAAUGCGCUCGAAUGUCCAAAGAAUGUGACGACAUGCUCACCACCAAGUACUUCUUCUAUCUUUCCUUCGAGAACUCUUAUUGCCAGGAUUACGUGACUGAGAAGUUUUCUCGAGCAUUUUUCCAGGGUGUCCAUGUGGUUCCUGUUGUGCGGGGUGGGCUAGACUACUCUCAACAUAUUCCAGAAGGAACAUUCAUCAACGCCGACGAUUAUAGAAGCCCCGAGGACCUCGGCAAGUACCUGAAAGAGCUCAUGAACGAUGAAGGGACCUACAUUGAUAUGCUGUGGCGGAUCGCUCACUUUACUACCGCCAUCUACCAUGACAGUUACACCUACUCGUGGUGCCAGCUGUGUGACAAGCUACACAGGCUGCAGGACAAUGCCAAGACCUAUCCAGACCUCUUUGAGUGGUACCACGAGGGGAGAUGUUGGCCACCCAAGAAGUUAUAGCCUCUCUGUGGCGAUAACAACUUUGUAGGUACAGACACACGUGUUGUGUGCGGUACUUUGUAUUCACACACCUGGUAAACGCAUGUGACAUGCAAACCUAUCAGACGGAUAAUCUGUAAUUUUAGCAGCUUCUCGCAGGACUGAAGCGGUUUAACUUUUCUUACCUUGAACAAAUAAUCCUUGACUUACGUGUUUCGUUAUAAUUUCCUAAGUUUUUUUUUAAAAGAUUUUUCUGAAACUCUACACAACAAUAAGAUUGUGGUUUGUCGGUGAUAUUAAUUCUCAUUCUAUUUUUUCGAGGACCUUGAAUAUGCUUCAAGAUAUUACCUUGUUUCACACCGACCUAAAUUUUUCUUCUAUUUUUCUCUCUACCAGAUAGACAAUUUAUACGAAAAUAGAGAAGUUGUGAACAAUUCUUCCCUCUGUGUAUAAAGUACUGCAUCGGCUUUCAGUCGAUCCUCGUAUUUGGAUCGAGAUCAUAAUAUUGCUUUUAUUUAUGUGUUUGAUAGCUCAAAUAAUGGUUCACGACAGAAAUAAAAAGAGUUUCAUGAUGAAUCCAAUAAA